ACUGUCCGCUAUGUCUGUGAAGAGCCUUACUACGCUCUGCAAACCCGCGGGGACGGGGAAUAUCAGUGUUCAGACAAUGGGAAAUGGGUCAGCAAAGAGAUGGGAACAGAGCUUCCAGUGUGUGUCCCAGUCUGUGGGUUCCCCAGUACACCCAUCCAGGAUCAACAGAGGAUUUUUGGGGGCACUCGUGCUAAGACAGGCAACUUCCCCUGGCAGGUCUUAUUCCCAAACCCCCGGGGAGGUGGGGUACUCAUUUCUGAGCGGUGGGUGCUGACUACGGCGCAGGUGCUGGAUGACUCAAGAGGCAAGUCCACAAUGUACGCUGGCGCGAUCAACAUCCGCCAUCAAUCCCAGGAUGAGGAGGCCGUUCAGCUGGAGCAAGACAAAGUGUUCAUUCACCCCGGCUGGACAAAGGUGGCAGACCCAAACACUCGGACGAAUUUUGAUAACGACAUUGCCCUGGUGAGGCUGAUGGAACCGGUGAAGAUGGGCCCCAGGAUCUCACCACUUUGCCUCCCUGGUGCCUCCCCUGAGUAUGAGCUGACAGACGGCAGAGUGGGCUACAUAUCCGGCUGGGGCCGCACAGAGAAGCGAGACAGAGUCCAGCAUCUCAUGAAGGCCCAGAUCCCCGUGGUCACCAUGGAAAAAUGCCGCAAUGUGAAGCCGGAAUCACUUGCUGAUGCCACCACUUUCCACUUCACUGAGAACAUGAUCUGUGCAGGAGGUGGCAGGAAGGACAGCUGUGCCGGAGACAGUGGCGGAGCCUUUGCCAUCACAGAUCCCCACAAUGACAGUCAGUACUAUGUAGGGGGGCUAGUCUCCUGGGGACCACAGUGUGGCACAUACGGCCUUUACACCAGAGUGGGGCGCUACCGAGAUUGGAUCUUGGAGACCAUGCGCCAAUAUGGGGAGGCCAAGGAGUCGCAGGAAUAGACCCUUCCCACGCUAGGACCCUGCCAUCUCACCGGGCACCAGGUGCUGAGGUCAGAUGUCCCAGCAGAUCGGCUGACCUUUCAUCCCAUCUGCUCUGUGCACCAGCCCAGCCCAUUGUGGCUGUGCCAGAGUGGGGAGUCAUGAGCAAUGGGGUCUCUGUUCCACGGGAACUAUGUCAGGGAAAAACUUCUCUCUUCCCUCCUCCUCUGGCAUUGCCUGAACAGGAGCAGAGAGCAUUCUGGGUAAAGAGACCCCUCCUCCCCCCCCCACACCUUUUCCCAGAACAUUCUUUGCUCCGGGUCCUCAGUUUUCAGAGGGAGCUAGUCAUGCCCCAUCCACAUGAAAGCUCUGCUGUGGAAACCCAUCAAUGGGGGCAAUAGGGGGAAAUAGCUGGUCCCCAAGGAGUAGGGUCAGAGCCUGGCCAGCCAACAGAAGAAGGGCGGUUCCUUCUCCUCAGUGGAACAACAGAGGGCCACUGAC